CUCUGGAAUCCGAACCAUAAAGAUUAUCUGAAGUCUCUCUCUGUUCACCUCUUUCUUCAUCUCUCUGAGUGUGUGUGUAUAUAUAUAUAUUACAUAUAUUUGCUGUUGUUUCAUGGGAUUGCGGAUUCGCCUGAGGCAGUAGCCACCGCAGGCGCCACCACGAACCCCCGCGCCGACCCAGAUCUCAACCACACGCUACGUCGCAGACCCUCAGCCGGCACCGUGGCGGAAUUCGACGAACGCGAACCAGGACGCAAUUCCUUGAACCAGUUGGUUCGAGACUCGGGGAGUGAUGACUCGGUUGGCGCCAAAAUCUGCGACGCCGGCGAUGGCGGUGCGGAGUCCGUCAAUGCUGUUCAAGACAAGAAGGGACUUGGCGAGAAUAAUCGGGCCGCUGAUCCCUCCGCCGCGAAAUUCACGUAUCGGCCGUCCGUUCCUGCUCAUCGGAGAGUUAAGGAGAGCCCUCUCAGCUCUGAUGCCAUCUUCAGACAGAGCCAUGCAGGUCUCUUCAAUCUGUGUAUAGUAGUACUUGUUGCUGUAAACAGCCGGCUUAUCAUCGAGAAUUUAAUGAAGUACGGUUGGUUAAUUAAAACUGGUUUUUGGUUUAGUUCAAGAUCAUUGCGUGAUUGGCCACUUCUUAUGUGCUGCCUUACUCUUCCUAUAUUUCCGCUUGCGGCCUUUGUAGUUGAGAAGUUAGUGCUACGGAAGUGUAUAUCUGAAGCUGCUGUUGUUUCUCUUCAUAUAGUCAUUACCACAACUUCAAUUUUGUAUCCGGUUUUGGUGAUUCUCAGGUGUGAUUCUGCAGUUUUAUCUGGUGUUACUUUGAUGCUCUUUGCUUGCAUCGUGUGGUUAAAACUCGUAUCUUUUGUGCAUACAAACUAUGAUAUGAGAGCUCUUCACAAAGCAGUUGAGAAGGGGGAUGCCACACCUAGUUCUCUGAAUACAGAUUACCCUCAUAAUAACAACUUCAAAAGUUUGGCAUACUUUAUGGUCGCUCCAACAUUAUGUUACCAGACUAGUUACCCUCGCACAGCUUCUGUGCGAAAAGGUUGGGUGUUUCGUCAACUUGUGAAGUUGAUAAUUUUUACUGGAGUGAUGGGAUUUAUAGUAGAACAAUACAUCAACCCUAUUGUCAAGAAUUCACAACAUCCUUUGAAGGGGGACUGGUUAUAUGCCAUAGAGAGGGUUUUGAAGCUUUCAGUUCCCAAUUUAUAUGUGUGGCUAUGCAUGUUCUAUUGCUUUUUCCACCUCUGGUUAAAUAUUCUUGCUGAGCUGCUUUGUUUUGGAGAUCGGGAGUUCUAUAAAGAUUGGUGGAAUGCACAAACUGUUGAGGAGUAUUGGAGAAUGUGGAAUAUGCCUGUUCAUAAAUGGAUGGUUCGCCAUAUCUAUUUUCCAUGCAUACGGCAUGGAGUACCCAAGGGAGUUGCCAUCGUCAUCUCCUUUCUAGUAUCUGCUGUAUUUCAUGAGCUAUGCAUAGCUGUUCCCUGCCACAUAUUCAAGUUGUGGGCUUUUAUUGGAAUUAUGUUGCAGGUACCACUUGUCUUGAUCACAAAUUUCCUGCAAGAUAAAUUCAGAAACUCAAUGGUCGGAAAUAUGAUCUUCUGGUUCAUCUUUUGCAUCCUCGGUCAACCGAUGUGCCUGCUUCUGUAUUACCACGACUUGAUGAAUCGGAAGGGGCAACUUGAGUGAAGUUUUGAGUCUCGUAAGUAUGGAUCGAAUCGUUCUGGAAGCGGUGUUGCCUUACAAAAUAUGCCGGCUUUUUAUACUUUCGCCGAGGCAACUCAACUCAUGCUGCUUCCUUUGGUUUCAACGUUUUCAUGCUCCAUACGGUUUUCAUCUUUUACAUAGUUUUGCUAAUUCAGUUGGCUUUAUAUAAAUCUUUUAAAUAUAUUUCAUCCUAGUUUAGUUU